AUGAGACCAUCGUUUAAGACAGAAUUUGAUUUUGAAAAGAGGAAGGAGGAGUCAGAGAGGAUAACUAAGAAGUUUGGAAAUAGAAUCCCUUUAAUCUGUGAGAAGGUUGAGAAAUCAGAUGUUCCCGAUAUUGACAAGAGAAAAUAUUUAGUUCCGGAUGAUUUGACCGUCGGUCAAUUCAUAUACGUGAUACGAAAGAGGAUCCAAUUACCGCCAGAGAAGGCUAUUUUCAUAUUUGUUAAUGAUACUCUACCACCCACAGCUUCUUUGAUGUCCUCUGUUUAUCAACAGUAUAAGGAUAAGGAUGGGUUUUUGUACGUGACGUACGCUGGAGAAAAUACAUUCGGUACUGGAUGUUAG